AUGGCGGCGCAACCGCCCCCGUCCUCGUCGUCUGCUGCUAGGCGGUCGAGGACGGGUGACAGAGUAAUAGGGUCGUUUACUAUCGAUGAUGAGAUAGGCAAGGGGAGUUUUGCCACUGUUUACAGAGGUGUCCAUCAGCCUACAAAAGGUGUCGUGGCUAUCAAAUCGGUGAACCUCUCCAAGCUGAAUAAGAAGCUCAAGGAUAAUCUUUACUGCGAAAUCGAAAUUCUAAAGGGCCUCCACCAUCCGCACAUCGUCUCACUGAUCGAUUGCCGGGAAUCGUCAUCGCAUAUACACUUAGUCAUGGAGUACUGCUCAUUAGGGGACUUGUCAUACUUCAUCAAGAAGAGAGAUAAACUCGGUGAUAACCCAGCUCUCCGGGAUAUGGUUCAAAAGUACCCAAUGCCCGCAGCCGGAGGACUCAACGAAGUCGUCGUCCGACAUUUUCUCAAGCAACUCGCCAGCGCUAUGAAGUUCCUGAGGGUCCGGAACUACAUACAUCGAGAUGUCAAGCCACAGAACUUACUCUUACUGCCCUCACCACAGUACAAAGGCAAGGAACUAACAUCGAUCAUGAGUGCGAGCCGCGACGCAUUGAUCCCCGUAGCAGGGCUCAUGUCGUUACCCAUGCUCAAAAUUGCCGAUUUUGGGUUUGCUCGUUCACUACCCUCGACUUCAUUGGCUGAGACAUUAUGCGGAUCUCCGCUUUACAUGGCACCGGAAAUCCUGCGGUAUGAGAAAUAUGGCCCCGAAGCGGAUCUGUGGUCGGUGGGGACUGUUCUUUACGAGAUGAUGACUGGAAGACCCCCGUUCCGUGCAACAAAUCAUGUGGAGUUGCUCCGGAAGAUUGAGCAGGGUGAGGACCAUAUCAGAUUCCCAAAAGAUGCCAUUGUUAGUGCACCGAUGAAGGAAAUCAUCAAGGCAUUGCUGAAGCGGCAACCGGCUGCUCGUAUGUCGUUCAAUGCAUACUUCAGUCACACGGUGGUGGUGGAUACCAUCCCUGGAUUAGUUGGUGAUGACCUUCCACACGUCAUCCGAGCACCAUCAUUAUCAGAAGAAUCUACGAUGAGGAGAACUCCUUCGACACGAAGUGAUAGACGACAACAGGCAAGAACCGAACCCGCCUCUUCUUCUUCGCCCAGAGAACGACAUCCACCGCCUUCGCCGAGGGCGCAAUAUGUUGAUCCAGUCAGACAACUAGCUGGAACACCUCCGCGAGCAACUCCCCAACCAUUGGGGCCUCCUCGUGAGCGACGUCCUUCUAUCCAGACUGCGGCUACCGCCCCAAAUGCGGAGGCAAUUUAUUCUGGCCGACCUCCAUCCCGAACUUUCACCCCAAAUUCGAAUGAACAAAAACGAAUUUCUCUACGAAAACCGUCCGUUGAGGAAAUUCCUGUCGUGGAGCAGAAACGUAUCGAGGACUCUGAAACGAGACAGGCUAUUGCGGAGGCAGAACAGGCCGUGCGUGAUGCACGUGAAUACGUUCUCGUUGAGAAACGAGCUGUGGAAGUCAACGCUUUUGCAGACGAGUUGGCAGCCAAUCCCAGAUUGCAGACUAGAACUUCGUCGCUGCCUUCAAGGACCGGACAAAUCACCCGAAGAGCCACUACACAGGGCCAUCCUAAUUCGGCGACGGGCGCAGUGCCGUCUUCGCCCUCCAGAGCUGUUCAGAUCGCCCAGGGACGACCUCGACCGGAAAUUGUGCCAUCGAGACAGAACUCUUUUGGGAGGUCGUACGGUAGUCCUUCGGCGACGUCGGCUAUUGCAAAAGCGCUGCAUGGGGCAAGCUUGAGGGUCUUUGGCGUUGGCUGGAAUCCGGCGCUUGUCGGCAAAGGAGUCUCGCCCCCACAGCUAUAUAGCCCAUUCCCAGCCUAUCCAGCACCCCCAGGAGUAGCGGGGCUGAUCGGUGACGGUAGAACUUCUGGUCCUAUCGAUGAGGAUUUGAGAACGGUCAAAGUGAUCGAGGAGUCGGCAACGAGAAGCGAUGUCGUUUAUGGAUUUGCCGAAGUAAAGUAUAAGCAACUCAUCCCGUUAGCACCUUCUAUGGACCAUGGACUUGGAGGUGCUAUUUUAGAUAAGCCAACGGACUUGGGAGAGGACGACGGCCUUACUGUGGAGGCAGUAGUCGCGCUGUCCGAAGAGGCUCUUGUUCUUUACGUCAAAGCUCUGUCACUUCUCGCCAAAUCGAUGGAUAUCGCCAGUGCCUGGUAUCACAGCAAACAGCGAAAUGAUGCUGGCGGUGGGACUGCUUCUUUACCUAGCAAUGCUGCAGCAAGUAGUCGCAUCAACAGUGCUGUUCAGUGGGUCCGAAACCGGUUCAACGAAGUGCUUGAGAAGGCAGAAAUCGUUCGGUUAAAACUUCUCGAUGCCCAAAAGAAACUGCCUGAAGACCACCCUGCUCAUCCCAGCAAUCACGCUAGCUCAUCCAAGCUUGGUGGCACUUCCUCUACUGACAGCGUUCAUCUGAGUCCGGGUAUCACAGCGGAGAAGCUGAUGUACGAUCGGGCGUUGGACAUGAGUCGCACAGCGGCCAUCAAUGAAAUCGCUAACGAGGACCUUCCUGGCUGCGAGAUCUCAUAUGUCACUGCGAUCAGAAUGCUGGAAGCAGUCUUGGAGAAUGAUGACGAGGUACCACCCUCUCAACGAAGGGGCGCGUCGUCCAGUCUUCGGGAAGAACAGGAGAAGACGGAAGAAGAAGGAGAGGGAAUAGUAAAUGGCAUCAACAUUGAGGAUCGACAAGCUGUGAUGAAAGUGGUUCAAACCAUCCGCACACGUAUGUCGUCUUUGAAAAAGAAGAUGCAAAUAAUCGAGAAGCACCGUAGCAUGCCUCCUUCCUCACCUCGACCACAGAGCACCUCGCACAGUGGCGGGACAACACCGACAGUUGCUAAUACGCCUCCACACUGA